UCUCACUUCUCCAAUCAUCACCAAACAGGCGAACCAAGAAACGAGCAGCGAUAUGCGCCGCGAGGGCCGUCAGCACGGGUGGGUGUUCGCCGUCGACCACAGCCUGGUGGACCCGGAGGGCAAGUCCCGCACGCGCGCCGUGCAGGUCGAGGGCGCCGCGGCGGCCAACGGCGGGUUCGUCAGGGCGCCGCGCAAGCCCACCAACCACUCCAAGGCCGCCGUCGGCCGCGCGUACAAGGGCCUGGUCGGCAAGGGGGAGGCCGCCGGCUCCGGCAGGGGCAGGAGCAAGUUCAAGCACGACGAGGUGAAGAUGUACUACCUCGAGGCCGAGGGCGCCGACGAUGUGUGCGACGUGGACGCGUGAACGCGGCUGCGUUUCCUGGAAGAGGAGCGGUGGCCGGAUCGGAUUUUUAUCAAGAGAUUAACGUGUGCAUGGAUUGUAUUUCAAAUAUUCAGACCUCAAUGUUUUUAAAUGUUAAAAUUUCUUCCGGUACCCCAUUUUGCUGUGGCCUGUUUGGUGGAUGCGCCACGAGUGGGCUGCUGCCUGCUUUAGUUUCCAGUGGGGCAACAGCCGGCGCCACGAAGCCUGCAACUGCAAGGCGACAGCGGAGCUAAGCGGCAGAGGCGGCAUGGCGGAGCCCUUGCCGCCGAAUCCUCCUGGUUGCACCUCCACCGCGACUUGUAGAUGGCAUGUUGGCAUGUCAGCCGUCGUACCGGCGCCAUCCAACUGCGGUCCCGCCGUCUGUUUGAUCCCGGUUAUUGAUUUCUUGGCCCCUUCUCAUUGGGCUGUGUGUGGUCUAUUUCUACUAUAGAUGUGGAUCUUACUGAUUUACAAGCAGUUGAACUCCGGAUAGAUGUUUC